AAAAUUACAUGUAAAAUUUUAAGAUAUAAUAAUUUUGGAUGUAUGAAGCGGAUAUUACCCACUGGUAUGGGGAUGGGUUUGCGAAACAUUCCCUACAUGGAUAUGAGGCAUAUAUGAAUUCAAAUAUUUGAAAGCAGAGAUAUGAGAGAAUGGUUUAGACAAACUCGCCCGCCACAGUAUCAUUCAUAGUUAUUAGUGACAUUCCUAACUAUUUGCUUAACCAAGGAGAGAAAUUUCCAUUUCAAAUGCAUGUGCCAAUAAAUAGCCACGCCUCUGGUUGUAAUUCGAUCCAAAACUCGUCGCCACUUGAGGGUCCACAAACAAUGGCCGAAACUAGGGGGAAAAUUAAAGGAAUCGAAUUAAUGCAGAGGGGUAUAGGUGUUGGACAUAAGAUAGGUGAAGAAGUAAUGAGGGGUUGAUUUGAUGCCAUGCGCAGCUGGUUGUGGGCCGAGGAUGAAAGCUCAAGGUCGAGGCCGGGGGGAAAACGAACAAGUAGGAGGAAAAAAACAAGCGAUGCUCCUGCUCAAACGUACAGUGAGUCAGUGAGUGAAGAGGCUAUGAGUCUUCAAUUCACGAACGGCUAUUAUAAUCCACUAGUUAUAAUAUCAGCUGACUAGCUAGUCUCCUCAGUUUUCUGCAUCAUCACUCUCUCAAGCGGUGGGACGAUGACGUCGUCGCAAGAAGUAGCAGCCAAGGAAGAAGGAGCUAGCGGCGGCGAGGACUACCACGACCAUGCACCGGCGGCGAAGGACUACCGUGACCCGCCGCCGGUUCCGCUGAUCGACUUGCCGGAGCUGGGGCAGUGGUCAUUCUACAGAGCAAUAAUCGCUGAGUUCAUCGCCACCCUGCUCUUCCUCUACAUCACCGUGCUCACUAUUAUCGGCCACAAUUCCCAGCCCGACCCAUGCGCCCGAGUCGGCCUCCUGGGCAUCGCCUGGGCCGUCGGCGGCAUGAUCUUCGUCCUCGUCUACUGCACCGCCGGCAUCUCCGGGGGCCACAUCAACCCGGCGGUGACGUUCGGGCUGUUUCUGGCGAGGAAAGUCUCGCUGAUAAGGGCGGUGAUGUACAUGGUGGCUCAGUGCCUGGGAGCCAUUUCCGGGGUGGCGUUGGUGAAGGCGUUUCAGGAGUCUUACUACACCAGGUACGGCGGCGGCGCCAACACUAUCAACCCAGAGUACAGCACCGGCACCGGACUGGGCGCGGAGAUCAUCGGAACUUUCGUGUUGGUUUACACCGUCUUCUCCGCCACCGACCCCAAGAGAAACGCUCGCGACUCCCAUGUCCCUGUUCUGGCGCCGCUGCCUAUUGGAUUUGCGGUUUUCAUAGUCCAUCUGGCUACCAUUCCGAUCACCGGCACCGGUAUCAACCCGGCCAGGAGCUUCGGAGCGGCUGUUAUCUUCAACGAAGAGAAGCCCUGGGAUGACCAUUGGAUCUUCUGGGUCGGACCCUUCGUCGGAGCUGCCGCGGCAGCCUUCUUUUACCAAAAAGUGAUGAGAGCCGGGACCAACAAUGCUUUUUGGUCGUUCAACAGCAAGGGUGGUAGCUAGCUAGGAAUUAAUAGCAUCAACUUGCCAUCACAGUGGGCGUACGGAUUAGCCGCUUGAAUCGGAAUUUCACUAAAAUCGAACUUGGUUGCAUACGUAUAUUUGCAAGAAGUAUGUGUAUUUAUUAUAGUACAUGCCAAACAUAUAUAUAAAAGAAUGUACGAGGAAUUAUUGUAAUAUUGAUAUUGAAUUAUAAUCUCGUUUUUGUGUUACUAUUGAUACUAGCUAAUCAGCUUUGUGAGCUACUAAUCUAUUUCACGUCAUGUCUUGUGAUGAUUUUAAAUGUAUUUUACCUUCUAGUAUGAAGAUAAUGAAAUAUAUAUUUAUUCGUGAUAGUGAGUUCGAGUCUUAAAAUAUGGGUGUGAGAAAAAAAACAAGGAAUUGUUAAUGACGAUACGAUUAAUGCAUCUUUUUACAAACUUAUUCAUCAGAUAUGACCCUGAGGAAGAUUCCAAAGAAAUUUACUAUUAUCAUGAUUAUUAGUUUUUCAUAAAAAGCAAUUCAUUGUCAUCAUGAUUUUAAAUUUAGCAAAAUGAUGCAGAUCGGUAGUCGUUAAUUAUUGUGAAGGCAUAGGUGAACACUGAACAAGUAGUUAAGGUCGACGUCGUACUGCCCGCUGGUCGUGGCCCACCGAGGCGAGGAGAUAAGGCCUAAGGGAGUAAUUAAUAUUAAUUUGUUGACUCCCUGAAAAAAAAAAAAAAAAAGUUGACUAAUGUCGGUGCCCGAUCGGAAGAAUUCUUCAGCGCCGGCCAAACACCAUCAUCCGGUUAGUCGGGUUCCUCUCUUGGUUUUAUCGCCCCAUUCCAAUUUAGUGAUAAAAAUUCGUUCCAAUUUAUCGAAAGAAAAUAAUCAAAAGAUAGUUAUGCUGUGAUUGUAAUUAAAUUUUUGCAUUAUGUAAUAUGCAUAUAUGUUAUUUAUUGUAUAUUAAGGAAAUCAGUGUAAUGAUUCAACGGGAAAAAAUCGAUGUAUGGUUAUUGGGAAGUACGAGCAUGAUUAGGGAUGUCAAAUUACCCACCCAUGGAUAAUUAUACCCAAAUCCAAGUAGACCCAUUGAUAAUGGGUUGGGUAUGGGUGAAGUGCAUAUGGAUUUGGGGGUUUAUAGAUGAGUUUGAGUUUGGGGCUUCCAUAAUCUAAAUGGAUAUGGGUUGAAUAUGGAUAUCCAUUUACUUGAGGAUAUUUUAACUACACAUGCAAAAAUUGGACCUAUUUGCAAAACUUGAAAAGUUAGGUACCAAAAUGUAAGACCAAAAAAAUUUAGGUACCAAAACAUAAUUUUUCAUCGAUAUUUUGAGGACUUAUAUGAAAAAAAAUUAAAUUUAGGUACGAUGGAGGUGCAGGGGGUCACAUUAACCCGGUGGUGACGUUCGGGCUGUUUCUGGCGAGGAAGGUGUCGUUGAUAAGGGCGGUGACUUACAUGGCUUGGGAGCCAUUUGCGGCGUGGGGUUGGUGAAGGCGUUUCAGAAGUCUAAAUUCAUAAGCUACGGUGGCGGGAUCAACUCUCUCCGCCGUAGCUACGGCGUCGCCACCGGGUGUGGUGCGGAGAUCAUCGGCACUUUAGUAUUGGUUUACACCGCCCUCUCCGCCGUCCAUCCCAAGAGGAACGCUCGUGAGUCCCAUGUCCCAGUGAGUGUUUAAUUUUUGCAUGGGAAGUUUCGUUAAUCAAUAUUUUCCAGGGUUCAAGAAGGCGCGCCUAGGCGCACGCCUAGGCUCAACUAGGCGCUAGGCGAUGGAGGAUCGCCUUGACUUGGCCAUAGGCGUUGUAAAAGGCGCUGGUUUCGCUUAGUAGGUGGGAAUAGCGCUUAGUUUGCGCCUAAUAGAGAGAAGGCGUGCCUGGGCGUUCCUGGGCGAGUUUAGGCGGUUAAACCCAAUACUCUUCGUUUUGUCCUAGAAAAUCAGAAACUUGCCUCUUCCCCUAGAAAAUCAGAAACACGGGAAGUAACAUCUGUUGCCGCCUGCUGCCUAGCUCUCGCCCCAUCUGCUACCGCCUUCCGCCCUAGCUCUCACCCCAUUUGCUGCUCUCUGCCGCCGCAGGAGAAAGUCAUCGAUCACUCUUCUCGCCUUCACACCGCUCCGCUGCUAUAGUGGGAAAUAAAGUCGAAACUCGCCAAUUGUUGCUCCUUCCUUCUCCUCGGUAAGUAACACAAGCUUCUUGCCUCUAUAAGCACCUAUUAGCAGAUGAUUGGUCACUAUUUGCUUGUUAUUUGUUAUGUUAAGUGUUUACUGUUAAGAACUAGGCAUUGCUAAUUUUAUAUGCACUUGGAUUAUAUGAAUUAUUCCAGAAAAUAGGAAAUAUUUGAGAAUUUUUCCAUUUAUGCUCUGAACGCCUAGACGCGCCUAGGCUACGCCUAAUCGGGCAAGGCGCAAGUCAGGAGCCGAGCGCCUGCCUUACGCCUAGCGCCUUUUAGAACCUUGAUAUUUUCAUAUGGUUUCAUUAAUCUCAUCCAUCAAUCACACACACGUACGAUUUCAUCAAUAAUCAUUUCUGAUUUGAUGCUUGACCAAAUCAAACUGUAUGUUUUUAAUGAAUUAAGAUUUAAAAUAGCAAUAGUAUGUCAUCAUCUUCUUUGUUAUACACUCUUGAUGUUGUGGCUUUUCAUUAAUUUUGAUUAGUGACGGCAAUGAGUUCGGUUUUUCUAAACUUAAACGCAACUCAAAGGGCGAACCCAUUAAAAAAAUCCGAUAAAAUACUUAUUUUAGGAUGUAGAAGUGAAUCCCAACUGAACUCAACCAAAUCUGUAUUCAUGGGUAGCUAAUAGCUAUGAGUUCAUGAACAUAACUAUACAUUAUUUCUUCAAACAAAAAAAUUUGCUACAAAUAUAUCUCUGUAGAAAUUACUAACAUCUAUAAAUUAUUCAUAAUAUU